AUGGCAGCAGUCUCAAGGAUGUUGAUGGGAGCAGGGCUUCUCCAAACCCAUGCUUUGCCUUGCUGCCAUUCCAGAGAGAGGACAACAUCAUUGACCAAAGGAUUUUCAAGACCUUCGGCCUGCACGCGCGCCCUGCGGCCGCGAAACCUUGCUGACGCUCAGCGUGCACAGGCUAGAUCUUCCCUGAUAUUGCCUGUAGGACGGCCGGUGGAGCCCGUCACUCAGAAGCGCAAAGACCGCCGACUGAAAAUUUUUCCGGCUGGCUUCUUCAGCAGGGCAAGUGUUUGGACAAGCUUCUCACUUGAGGCCCCUUCAACUAGGCUGCUGAACAGGCUCCUAGUGCAGGAUGGGCGACAGCUUUUUGAGGCCGGUUGGCUUUAUUCCCAUUACAGUGAAGUCAUAAACGCUGUCGCCAACAAGGAGCCUCUUCUUCGGCGCCUUGCAGCUUGCUUGGGAUUUGGCGUUCGCCUGGCUCAGGGAAGAGCCCCAUUCCCAUCACGUUGCCCUUCCCUGGCAGUUGCUUUUGGCCCCGGGUCGCAGGCGUCCUAG